UGUUCCUGGACCAUUUCAAAGAGGAAUGAAUGUAACCAGAGGAUCAUUUUAGAAUUCUAGAGAUAUUCACAGAAUCUCCUCACCUUCUUUGUCUCUAUUUUGGAAAGAGAAAGACAUCAUAUCUGAACUGUCCUUGCCCGUUUCCAUAUACAUUGAUCUGCCCGGUUACCACCAUGAAUGAGGAACCAAUGAAUUCAAGCAACCAUGAAUACUUUGAUUAUAAUGCAUUCACUACCAGUACAGAUUAUUACAUUGAGGAAGGAUUGCUUUGUUCUAUGGAUGAUGUCAGAAACUUCACAAUGUUAUUUGUACCAAUCGCAUACUCCUUUAUCUGUAUCUUUGGCCUUCUGGGGAACAUUUUAGUGGUAAUCACCUUUGCUUUCUACAAGAAAGCCAAAUCCAUGACUGAUAUCUAUCUCUUUAAUAUGGCCAUAGCAGACAUAUUAUUCAUCCUUACUCUCCCAUUCUGGGCUGUAAAUCAUGGUAAAGACUCAUGGAAAUUUAGCAACAUUAUGUGCAAAUUGACUAAGGGUAUAUAUGCCAUCAACUUUAAUUGUGGAAUGCUUCUCUUGACCUGCAUUAGCUUGGAUCGAUACAUUGCUAUUGUACAGGCAACCAAGUCCUUCAGGCUUCGAACCCGGACAUUAGCCUACAAGAAGAUGAUAUGUUUGAUGGUGUGGCUGUUCUCAAUCAUCAUCUCUUGUCCAACAUUUAUAUUCAACCAAAAAUAUUCAGUACAGGAGAAGGAGGUCUGUGAAGCCAAAUACCACUCACCCUUUGAGGCAGUGAAAUGGAAAAUAUUCAUCUUGGUUCUCCAGCUUCUCUUUGGUUUCUUUAUCCCUUUGGUGUUCAUGAUAAUUUGCUACAUGUUCAUUGUCAAAACUUUAGUGCAGGCUCACAAUUCUAAGCGGCAUAAAGCCAUUCGGGUGAUUAUUGUGGUGGUUCUUGUUUUCUUGGUCUGCCAAGUGCCCCAUAAUAUGGUUCUUCUUGUGAUUGCGAACAACAUAGGUAGGCUUCGAUCCUGCAGUGAUGAGAAGCUCAUAGCUUAUACAAGGAAUGUCACAGAAGUCCUGGCUUUCCUGCACUGCUGCCUCAACCCUGUGCUUUAUGCAUUCAUUGCGCAGAAAUUUAGGAAUUACUUUCUGAAGAUCAUUAAAGACCUCUGGUGUGUGGGCAGAAAGCAUAAGUCAGUAGCCUUAUAUUGCUCUAAGUUGUCUUCAGACACCUACAUUUCUAAACAGACCAGUGAAACCUAUGAGAAUGAGAAUGCAUCGUCUUUUACUAUGUAG